AUGGGCUCAGGAAACUACUGGCUGGAGAUCUUCAACAGCUAUGUAGGAUCCCUGCCUCUACUCAUCAUGGUCUUCUUGGAGAUCAUCGCUGUGGUUAACAUCUAUGGGAUGAACAACUUAGCGAUGUCCCUGCGAGCAGACGCAGCCCAGUGUGGAGGGGUGGUGGUGGAGUUUGAGUCUGAUGACAUCAGGGAGGCUCGGGCCAGGAAGGCCAGGAGUAGAUCAGGGUCAGCCCUCAUCUACCUCAGGGGCCCUAAAUUCCUGAUCUACGUCAGUGGGGCACUGUCCAUGUGGGGUGACCGUAUGUGGCACUUUGCCAUUUCGGUGUUCCUGAUCGAGCUGUAUGGACGUAACCUGCUGCUGACCGCAAUAUUCGGCUUGGUGGUGGCGGGGUCAGUGCUGCUGCUAGGGGCGUUGAUUGGGGACUGGGUUGACCGCAACCCCAGGAACAAAGUGGCGCAUGCAUCGUUGUUGGUUCAGAACAUUUCAGUGACGGUGUGUAGCAUUGUGCUGAUGUUGGUCUUCUUAUAUAAACAGUGGAUUGAGAGCAUUUGGGAUGGCUGGUUAACUGUGGUUUGUUAUACGGUGGUGAUCGUCCUGGCAGAUGUGGCUAACCUAGCAAGCACAGCGCUGACCAUCGCCAUCCAGAGGGACUGGAUUGUGGUUAUCACUGGAUACAACCGGGGUCACCUCGCUGGGAUGAAUGCUACCAUGCGGCGCAUCGAUCAGGUGACCAACAUCCUGGCACCGCUGGCGGUGGGACAGGUCAUGACCCUGGCCUCCAACGUGAUCGGCUGCGGCUUCAUCCUGGGCUGGAACCUGGUGUCCCUCAUAGUGGAGUUUAUCUUCCUGUCCCGGGUCUACCGCAUUGUACCGGCGCUGUCCGUCAAACCACCCGCGCCCGAGGACGGCCAGGCCUCCCUGGAGAGACCAGCAGAGAGGACGGAGGGACUGGUGGAGAGGAGGGGGUCACAAGUAGAGCAAAGUGAGGUGGUGACAUCAGCCCCGGGCCUCAGUGAUGACGACAUGAGCCUGAACCUCAAGGAGAUCACCAACCUGCCUCUGUGUUUCGGACGCUUCCGCUGGCUGCUGAGCACCUGUAAGGAUGGCUGGAGGGCCUACUACCGCCAGGAUGUCUUCCUGGCUGGGAUGGGCCUGGCCUUCCUCUACACAACUGUCCUGGGCUUCGACUGCAUCACCACGGGCUACGCCUACACCCAGGGCAUCAGUGGCUCCCUGCUCAGUCUGCUGAUGGGGGUCUCGGCUAUAACAGGCCUCAUGGGCACUGUCAUGUUCACCAAGCUGAGGAAGGCCUACGGUUUAGUCAACACAGGCAUCAUCUCCAGCUGUCUCCAUCUUUGCUGUCUGCUGCUGUGUGUGUGUUCUGUGUUCGCCCCCGGCAGCCCCAUGGACCUCCGCCUGCUCAUGCCCUUCCUGGACAAGCACACCUACCCGAUGCGGGGUGGCAUUAAUCAGCCGCUGCUGCCCGACCGCUCGUCCAUCCACUGGACCAACAACACGGUGCUGUUUGAGAAUAUGCCAUCAGGCAUGGAGCCAGACUCCUACAUCUCUAUAAUCCUGCUGUUCUUGGGGGUCAUCACAGCACGCAUCGGUCUGUGGUCCUUUGACCUGACCGUGACCCAGCUGCUUCAGGAGAACAUCUGUGAGUCAGAACGUGGUGUGGUCAACGGGGUCCAGAGCUCCAUGAACUACCUGAUGGACCUCCUCCACUUCAUCAUGGUCAUCUCUGCUCCGCAGCCCCAGCACUUUGGCAUCCUGGUCAUCAUCUCUGUACUGUUCAUCACCACGGGACACACCAUGUACUUCCUAUACGCACGCAAAGCCAAGAGAAAACCUGCUGGACGCCUGGACACGUAG